AUGUCUGAUCGAUCUAGAACCACAAGUUUUCAAAAAUAACAGAUCUUGGCAAACAUUUAAAAUAAAUUUUAGAAGAUUGACCCCAGUUUUUAAAUCAAAAACUUUAUUGGAGAAAGCACAAAUCUAGUAGGUUAAUAAAUUAAAAAAUGGGAAAAAUAAAGUAGGGAAAGAUCAAUUAAAGAGUAGUAGGUCAUGAAAGCGAUUAAAACUUUGCGCCAUCCUUUCAUCCUUGAAAGUUAUAUAGAAAAACCGAUCUUCUUGGAGUCAACUAAGCCUGAAACAUCAUAUGAGAUGGAAACUCCAUAAUAGAUUUAGUAAAGUCCAAAAAAUGAACACACAAACGAAUAUCUCAUGAUAAAAUCAACUAAGAAACCUUUGAGUCCACUCAAGAAGCUCUUUGAGCAAUAUUCUGAAUUAGUUUAAGAGUAAUUUCAGAAUUCUUCUGAGGAGAUGAAAAAGCUCAUUUCAUAGUAUUCAAAUUCAGAAAAAACUAUAGUCCCUAUAAAACAGAGGAUAAAAAAUUGUGAAUAUUUUACACCCCGAUAAAUUUCAGUACCCAAGAGAAAUUUAUAGAAUAGUUCAUCAUACAAGCAAAUUGGAAGUCCUUUUUAUAGAAAAAGAGAAUAUCUAGUAUAAAAAAAUAACAAUAAUUUAUAAAAACUGGAUGACUUGCAAUGUGAUUUAGACAAUUUUAGAAAGUAUUUAAAAGAAAUAAAGAAAUCAAAUUAAUAGUGUUUUCACAAGAGAUAAUUUUUAAAGGGCAAACUCGAUUUUUUGUUAUGA